CCGAUUCUCUCUCUCGCUCUCUCUCAGUUCACACAGUCUUUGUCCCGGCGCAAUUUUCAGGUUCACUUUCAUCUUCAAUGUCGCUCUCCGUAGCCCCGCACCUAUGUUAGGGCCGCACCCAUUUCGUGAGCUUCUUCUGCGUGUUUCUCGAUCACGCCCCUCGCCAUGGUCUUCAAGGGAAGGUUUUUCUCCUCCAAGAAAUCCGACUCUUCAAGCCCUGAUGGGUCCUCCAAUAAUAGCCCCCGAUCACUUGGCUCCAAUUCACCUAGCAGAUCCGAGAAGAAGAAGGUGAAAUCAACUGCCAAAGAAGCCCAGAUCGCUAGUACCAGCAGCGGCGCUGUCAGCGGUGGCAGAGGGCGUGGUGUCGCCGCCGUGCGUCGCAAAUUGCAAGUAAAGGACGGGAUCAAGAAGGAUGCCAUGGACAAGGAGAGUCAAACUCGGGUGGAGUCUCGUCUGACUUCGAUGAGGCCAAGCUCCGGGGCGGAAUUGGAUUCCAGUUCGGAGUCUAAGUCAAAGAAGGCGACGGCGGUUGACGGAAAAGAAUCUCCAUCGGCUUCGGUUUCUCCAAUUUUAGCAUCCUCCCUUGGGUUGAACAGGAUAAAGACGAGAUCAGGACCGUUGCCACAGGAGAGUUUUUUGGGGUUUAGAAAUGAUAAGGGGCCCACGCUUGGUGCAAGUAACCUUUCUAGACCUGGUGGUAGUAGCUCAGGGUCAGCAAAUGAAGGAAAGAAGGAGUUGGUGAAUCAGAACAGAGUGAAGAGUUCAGGCAGCGGAACUUGGAUUGAUAAUGGCGUUAAUUCAGAUAAUACUUCGACUUGGAGUGCUCCGUUCUGGGACCAAAGCCCUAAGGUAUCGGCGCGGUCGCGGCUACAGAACGGGGAAUCAUCUUCCGCAGCAGGUAGACGGGAUUCAUCACCAUCUCAGUCUGGAGCCAUAAGUAGUGCCGAUGUUUGCACUCCAGAGACUUCAUAUGAUUUUGAAAACCCCAAAGAAUCCGAAUCUCCUCGUUUCCAAGCUAUAUUACGGGUCACAAGUGCUCCCAGAAAGAGGUUUCCUGGUGACAUUAAGAGCUUUUCCCAUGAGUUGAAUUCCAAAGGUGUCCGACCCUAUCCAUUUUGGAAGCCUCGAGGGUUAAAUAACUUGGAGGGAGUCUUGGUUGCUAUUCGGGCAAAAUUUGAUAAAGAAAAGGAAGAAGUGAACUCUGAACUUGCUAUUUUUGCGGCAUACCUCGUUGGAGUUCUUGAAAAAAAUGCAGAUUCUCAUCCUGAGUGGCAAGAGACAAUAGAGGACUUACUGGUUUUGGCUAGGAGGUGUGCUAUGACUACACCUGGGGAGUUUUGGCUUCAGUGUGAAGGCAUAGUUCAGGAUUUGGACGAUCGACGUCAAGAACUUCCUCCUGGGAUGCUUAAGCAGCUUCACACCCGUAUGCUUUUCAUUCUCACGAGGUGUACUAGAUUAUUGCAAUUUCACAAAGAAAGUGGUUUGGCUGAGGAUGAACAUGUUUUUAAUCUUCGACAAUCUCGGGUCUUGCAUUCUGCUGAAAAACGUAUUCCUCCUGGCUUGGGAAGGGAUGCAAAAAGUUCCAGUACCGCAAAAGUCUCAAAUCCCUUGGCCAAAAAAUUUUAUAGUCAGGAGCAGCGUAUAUUAGAUUGGAAAAAAGAUGUAAAGCCUGAGAGGCUUUCACUUCCUGUUGAUGAUGAUAGCUCAAAACACUUAGAGUCUCCUUCAGGUAGGGAUCGGAUGGCUUCUUGGAAGAAAUUCCCAUCUCCACCAGCAAAAAGUUCAAAGGAAGCAGCUCAGAUGAAGGGCCAAACCAAUGGGAGAGUUGAAUCUUCAAAAAUUUCAAAUAGGAGAUCAAAUUCUGAUGUAGAUCUAUCUGCUGCCAAGCUGUCAGAGCAUAUUCCUGUCAAUGACUCCCAGGAACAUACUCUUAAGAACCAACAAAAAGUUUCUUGGGGCUACUGGGGAGAUCAGCAGAAUAUUAGUGAGGAGAGUUCUAUAAUCUGUCGUAUAUGUGAGGAGCAAGUCCCUACUGUCAAUGUGGAAGAUCAUUCAAGGAUUUGUGCUAUUGCUGAUAGAUGCGAUCAGAAGGGUCUAAGUGUCAAUGAGCGUCUUAUCCGAGUUGCUGAUACACUAGAGAAGAUGAUAGAAUUAUGCACACAGAAGGAUAUCCAACAAGCAGUUGGAAGUCCUGAUGUUGCAAAAGUAUCAAAUUCAAGCAUAACUGAAGAAUCUGAUAUCUCGCCAAAACUCAGUGAUUGGUCUCGCAGAGGAUCAGAGGAUAUGCUGGAUUGUUUCCCGGAAGCUGAUAAUUCGGCUUUUAUGGAUGACCUAAAGGCCUUACCUCUUAUAUCAUGUAAAACUCGUUUUGGUCCGAAGUCUGACCAAGGAAUGACAGCAUCAUCUGCUGGGAGCAUGACUCCUAGGUCACCUUUACUGACACCAAAGAUGAGUCAUAUUGACUUGCUCUUGGCAGGGAGGGGUGCUUAUUCUGAACAAGAUGAUAUUCCACAGAUGAAUGAACUUGCCGAUAUAGCACGAUGUGUAGCAAAUACACCUCUGGAUGAUGAUCGCUCAAUCUCAUAUUUAUUAUCUUAUCUUGAUGAUUUGAGGGUUGUUGUAGAGAGGAGAAAAUUUGAUGCACUCACAGUGGAGACCUUUGGAACUUGUAUUGAGAAGCUGAUACGGGAGAAGUAUUUGCAGCUUACUGAGAUGGUUGAAGAUGAGAAGAUUGACAUAGCUAGCACUGUAAUUGAAGAAGAUGUGCCUUUGGAAGAUGAUAUGGUUCGUAGCCUGAGAACAAGUCCAAUCCACCCUUCAAAGGACCGUACCACUAUUGAUGACUUUGAGAUUAUGAAACCUAUCAGUCGUGGGGCAUUUGGACGGGUUUUCUUGGCUAAAAAGAGAACAACAGGGGAUCUUUUUGCUAUAAAGGUUCUCAGGAAGGCAGACAUGAUCCGUAAGAAUGCUGUGGAAAGUAUAUUAGCUGAACGUGACAUCUUAAUCACAGUGCGCAAUCCUUUUGUGGUUCGUUUCUUCUAUUCUUUUACAUGUAGUGAGAAUCUGUACCUUGUCAUGGAGUAUCUUAAUGGAGGGGAUCUGUAUUCAUUAUUGAGGAAUUUAGGUUGCCUAGAUGAGGAAGUUGCUCGUGUAUAUAUUGCAGAAGUGGUGCUUGCACUAGAAUAUUUGCAUUCACUGCGUAUAGUUCAUCGUGACUUGAAGCCUGACAAUUUGUUGAUUGCGCAUGAUGGUCACAUUAAGCUAACAGACUUUGGGCUUUCAAAAGUUGGUCUCAUCAAUAGCACCGAUGAUUUGUCUGGCCCAGCAGUGAGUGGGACAUCCCUCCUUGGGGAGGAUGAACCUCAGUUAUCGACAUCAGAACAUCAAAGGGAAAGGAGGAAAAAACGUUCAGCUGUGGGUACACCUGAUUAUUUAGCACCAGAGAUACUUUUGGGAACUGGACAUGGAUAUACUGCGGAUUGGUGGUCUGUUGGUAUCAUUUUAUUUGAACUGCUUGUUGGAAUUCCGCCUUUCAAUGCAGAGCAUCCUCAGACCAUAUUUGAUAACAUUCUUAAUCGCAAGAUCCCUUGGCCCCAUGUUCCCGAAGAAAUGAGUUCUGAAGCACAAGACCUUAUUGAUCGAUUGUUAACUGAAGAUCCUAGUCAGAGACUUGGAGCUGGAGGGGCAUCAGAGGUAAAGCAACAUGUUUUCUUCAAGGAUAUAAACUGGGACACACUUGCCAGGCAGAAGGCUGCAUUUGUCCCUGCCUCUGAGAGUGCUCUAGAUACCAGUUAUUUCACAAGUCGCUAUUCAUGGAGUACUCCUGAUGGCCUUGUGUAUCCAGCAAGUGAUAUUGAGGAUUCUAGUGAUGCAGACAGUUUAAGUGGCAGCAGUAGUUGUGUGAGCAAUCGUCAAGAUGAACUGCAGGGGGAUGAAUGUGGGGGUUUCGCCGAGUUUGAGUCAGGCUUAUCUGUCAAUUACUCUUUCAGCAAUUUCUCCUUUAAGAAUCUCUCCCAGCUUGCGUCUAUCAACUACGAUCUUCUCACCAAGGGAUAUAAAGAUGACCCACCUACAAAUUCUAGCGCAUAACUAUCUCACCAUUUUGUCCUCAUUCCAGAAUUUGGUUUUCGACAUAUGACCUGAGCCAUUUUUCGUGCGCAUAUGCACCUUCUUGUUUGUAAGCCUUGUGCAUAGACCUAGAGGCUCAAGAGCUGGUCCACGAUGUGCUCUUUACUUAUUAAGUAACAAAUCAACACUGGGAUUUCAACCUUUUGGGGUUUAUGUUGUGUAUGUAUUGGGGACUGUAAAGUACUUUAAAAUGCAUACUAGUGGUGGUUGUUCACAUUUUUCUGUGUUGGUGGUGGGGGGUUGCUUAUGUAAUUUCCUUUCAAAAUUUUGAGAUAUAGUGAAGGCCGUCUUCUGAUCCUCUCUCUUGGAGCAUUUUCACUUUACCAUAGUUGAUCUAAAGUGAUUACCUUUCU